AUGGUCGCACCACUGUACACGACGGCCUCAGGCCUGCUUUUCCAUGCUGGAAAGAUCCUCGUCUUGACCAUCGGUCUUCCUGCGCGGGGCAAGACGCAUAUUUCGAGAGCACUGGAACGAUACCUGCGAUGGAUGGGAGUCAAGACCUUGGUCGUUUCCCUGGGCGAUUACAGGAGGAAAGUCCUUGGUGGUGCGCAGAAAGUCCCACCGGACUAUUUCUCACCUGGAGAGAAGAGCCCCGAGACGAUCGCGCUGAGGAAGAAGGUGUCCGAUGGAUGUGAGCAGCUCAUCUGGGACUACUUCAAUGCAGGGGGGCAGGUCGUUAUCUACGAUGCCAACAAUGGACGGAAGGAGGCUCGGGACGCAUUGGCGGAGAAGUUCUCUGCUCAGGGCAUUCAUGUCGUACUCCUCGAAUCUCUCUGCGACAACAGGGAGAUCAUCGAGAACAACAUCCGGAGCGUCAAGAUCUCGUCCCCGGAUUACAGGAACUGGGACCCCGACCUGGCCGUGCAAGACUAUUACAAUCGAAUCAAGAACCAUGAGCAGUAUUACCAGACGAUAGAUGAUACCAAAUGGCCGUAUAUCAAGAUCCUGAAUGUUGGAGAGAAGAUUGACUUGAAUAAAAUUCAAGGUUAUCUCCAGUCAAGAAUCGUCUUCUUCCUAAUGAACAUCCACAACCGAUUCCGCACAAUCUACUUUGCUCGAUCUGGUCAAUCACUCAUAGAGCAUUCCUAUAAAGCUGACUCGGAUCUUUCGCCGGCUGGCUGGGAGUAUGCUGAGAAGCUGAAAGACUGCGUGUUGGAGAGGAGAGCGAAGAGUUUGGAAGCUAGGGGGCUUAAUCCUGCUGAGAGGAGAUUGGUGAUCUGGACAUCCACACGCCGCAGAGCACACCACACCGCAUGGCCCUUCGUCGCAGCCUACAACGGCGGCAACUCGUUGCAGAUCCCCGAACUCCUCGUCGACGGCGAACAAGUGAUGUCGCCUAUGGAAAGCCCGUUCAUAGAUGACGACAGCAGCGAUUAUAAUGCCUCCCAGCCACAGCAGUCAUCACCGCCCAAAGCCUCUCCUCCCCUCCCUUCGAGGAUCAAGGUCGUGGAGAAACCCCAGAUGUUGGAGAUCAACCCUGGGAUUUGGGAUGGCCUCACUCCGGAGCAAGCCAAGAAGUACUACCCCGAAGACUGGGAUCGUUUCACGAAGGACCCUUAUUCGUACCGUGCACCAAGAGCAGAGAGUUAUCACGACCUGAGUGUCCGUCUGGAACCAGUGAUAAUCGAACUCGAACGCGAACAGGAAGAUCUUCUCAUCAUCGGCCACGCAUCCGUCAUCCGCUGCCUACUCGCCUACCUCAUCGGCCUCCCCCCAGCCGAAGUGCCCGCUAUCGAAAUUGCGCGCGGGGACCUCCUCGAAGUCGUACCCACCUCCUACGGCGUUCAUAGCAAUGCGUUCCAUUUUUGGGAUGGGCCGGGUAGGAGUAGAGACCAAGGGCAGCUUGAUGAGUUUAGGGAUGCGAAUAACUUCUAUGAGAAUUAUGCGGAGGAUACGAUUGGGAAGAGGAAGAUUGGGGAGGAUGGGGAGGAGUUGGUUGAGAGUCACGGUGUUGCUGUUGUUGGGGGUGAGGGGGAGGAGUUUGCGCGUGCGAGUGCGGCCACUCUUGUGGAGGCGAGGCAUGCUCCUGUUGUGUAA